AUGUCUAAUGAGGGGUUCUGUGUUGAUCCGAGGAAGGCAAAGGUUGUGCUGGAUUGGAAACAGCCUAAGAACGGUGUUUUGUUUGUUUGGGUUGAUGCGAAACAAUCAAGCUUUGAGAAGCUCAAGUCUGUUCCAACUCAGGCUCCUAUUCUGAUACAAUUUAAAUCUGGUAAGGAAUUUGUGGUUUACAGUGAUACAUCACACGUCGAUUUGGGAUAUGUCUUGAUGCAAGAUAAAAAGGUUUUGGCUUAUGCUUCCUAUCAGCUUAAGACUCACGAAGGGAACUAUCUGACGCAUGACCUCGAGUUGGUUGCUGUGGUCUUUGCGUUGAAAAUUUAG